AUGACCACCCCGUGGCUCCCACCCUACGAAGAAGGCCUCCUCCCUUACUUCCUCCUCUACAGCACCCUAGCCACCCUAACCCACAGCCUGGCAACCUACCUCCGCCCGCUCCCCUCCAUCCAAGCCUUCUCGGGCCCGAACGCGCCGGCCCGAUCCCCGCUCCUCGCGCACGUCUACGGCUUCGCCAACCUGCUGGCGGGGGUCAUCCGGGGCGCGGCCGCGUACCACAUCCACGACGCGCCCGUGUACGAUCUGGCGCUGCUGAGUUUCGGGGCGGUUCUGGGGUUCUAUGUUGCCGAGGUGGUCGUGUGGCGGACGGUGCGGGUGCGGGAGGGGGUGGUGCCUGUUGUUGCUGCGGGGGUGGGGGUGGCGUGGAUGGGGUGGGCGCGCGGUGGGUAUCUUUCUUUAUCUUGA